CAAACUCCUGACAAGCUCACACCCCCACACACAACCACAGAGAUCUAUUCAUCUGGGCACCGAUCAUCAUGGGUUCUGAAACAGUGCCUAAAAUUCCUCUUGUGAAUUUGUCCAAUGAAAGCCUGAAGCCUGGUACAAGCUCCUGGCAUUCAGCUUGCAAAGAUAUCAGGCAAGCACUUGAGGAAUAUGGGUGUUUGGAAGUAGUGUACAAUAAGCCUUCUGUUGAAUUCCACAACAGAAUUCUUGCUGCGCUUGAGGAAUUGUUUCAGCUUCCUCAAGAGGUGAAAAUGAAAAAUGUUAACCCCAAGCCUGCCCAUGGCUACAUGGGGAAAAUCUCCACCUUUCCUAUCCAUGAAGGCUUGGGGAUUGAAUAUGCAACCAGCGAAGAUGAAUGUCAAAAAUUCACUAGUCUCAUGUGGCCAGAUGGAAAUGGUCAUUUCUGUGAAACCGUUCACUCCUAUGCAAAGAUGGUGGCUGAACUGCAGCAGCUGCUGGUGGAAAUGCUGUGUGAAAGCUAUGGCAUAGAGAAACACAGUGAGUCUCACAUCAAAUCCACCACUUACCUUCUGCGUUUGUUGAGGUAUAGAAGAUCCCAAGCAGAAACUAAUCUUGGUUUCAAGGGUCACACCGAUAAGAGCUUUGUGUCUAUACUUCACCAGAAUCAUGUUAAGGGUUUGGAGAUAAGAACAAAAGAUGGAGAGUGGAUUUCUUAUGAGCCCUCCUCCCAUUCCUCUUUUGCAGUCAUAGCUGGUGAUGUCUGCAUGGCAUGGAGCAAUGACAGAAUAAAAUCCUGUUACCAUAGAGUGAUCGUGGAAGGUGAAGAAGUUAGAUAUGCCGUGGGGCUAUUUUCAUUUCUCACAGGGUUGAUAAAGGCACCAGAGGAACUAGUGGAUGAGGAACACCCAUUACAAUACUACCCAUUUGAACAUCAAGGCCUUCUUGAUUUCUAUCAGUCAAGCAAUUCUCUGAACAAAGGUGAUAGCAACAUGGUAAAAGCCUUCUGUGGAGUUUAAAAUAACAGGCCUCUCACUUUCGUUCUUUGUGUGUGUGUUUCUGUUUUUCAAUAUCCAUGUGUUUAGUUUAGCCUCUUGGAUGCAUGUAUUAAUUAUAUUGCAGAGGCUAUAGUGGUUUUCAAAUUUGUGGUAUUUAUUCUCUCUAUGAACGAUGAGUGAAGAAGAAGACAAAAAAGCUUUGUAAUUAAGUCAAUUAGAGGUGGUCUGAUUGAUUU